AUGUUUUUCCGCGACAGUUUUUCAUCCAUAAUACAUGAAAACGAUGCUCUAGCUAAUGUCCAAAAAUUCCAUUACCUACAGCUCCCCUUGAAAGGGGAGGCUGCAGAAACAAUCAGCUCGUUGCAAAUAUGUGAUGCAAAUUAUGAAUUAGCAUGGUCGCUUAUUAAAGAACGGUUUGAAAACAAGCAACUUCUAAUAAAUUUUCACAUCAAAUCGCUAUUUAACCUACCGGCAUUACAACAAGAGGCACACACUGGACUUAGGCAACUUUUAAAGGGGUUACAAAAACAUUUAAAUGCUUUGGAAGUUUUGGAACGUCCCAACAAACACUGGGAUGAUAUUUUAAUAUACUUAUUGACCAGCAAAUUCGAUAAUGCUACCAGACGCUCUUGGGAGAACAAAAUUAAUGCUAGCGAAAUUCGCACACUCUCUCAGUUGACUGACUUCCUAAAAGAUAAAUGUCGAAUGCUAAAAUCGUUGGAAACCGAAACCAAACAGUCAAGUAAUAAAUCUAAUAGUAACUUUAAACAAAGGGAAAAAACAAAGACCUUUCUUACUAACACAACAAAACAAUGCGUUUUUUGUAACAAUGACCAUAACAUUUAUCAUUGUAAAUCAUUUCUAAACUUAACACCUUCUGAACGUUUAAAUAAAGCUAAAGGUUUACGAUUGUGCAUUAAUUGUAUAAACAACAAUCAUUCGACAAAACAAUGUCGCUCUUCUGGUUGCAAGAAAUGUGGUAAAGUCCACAACACUCUGUUGCAUUUUCCAAACCAGCCAGUUCAACAAACUUCUGUAGAUGCUGAAAUUCCUAUUGACAUUCCACAGGCCAACGAGACUUCUUCUAGCUAUUCUUCUUUAACACGUCAUUCACCUGCCAAAUCACAAAUUUUACUCUCCACUGCCAUGGUUAAAGUAGCUGAUAAAAAUGGCAAUCUACACGAUUGUAGAGUUUUACUUGACAGCGCUAGACAAUCUAACUUUAUUAGUCAACGUUUACACAACAUUUUACAAUUGCCUAAGACAAAGACUAACACUUCUAUAUUUGGUAUUGCCCAAAUGCACAAAAACAUUAACUAUUGUGUGUCUGUUGAAAUGAAAUCGACAACAAAUGAUUUUAACAAGAAACUGACUUGCUUAAUACUGCCUAACAUCACAGGAUGCACGCCACAAUUUUCAUUUGACACUGCCACUCUGAAUAUCCCAAAUCAUAUUAUUCUUGCAGACAAACAUUUUUACAAACCCGCCAAUAUUGACCUACUUAUUGGUUCGGACACGUUUUGGGACUUAUUGUGCAUUGGUCAAAUUAAAUUGGGAACCAACUAUGGUCCCAUGUUACACAAAACCAAAAUAGGUUGGAUCUGUUCAGGCCCUAUUUCUGCUACUAAGUCUUCUAGCGACACACAGAAUUGCUACGUUUCGACUGAAACUAACUUCAACGAAACACAUACACACGACGAAAAAUUCUGUGAAACUUAUUUCAAGGAGACGACUUCGCAAAACAAUGACGUUUCGUUUUUGUAUAUAUCCUACGUUAUUACUAUUUUCCUUACAUUUACAUUAUUUAUUACUACUUGUACAAAGAAUGUACAGGAUCUGACUGUUUUUGGUAGCUUCACUGUAAGUAACCAAUUGAAACCCGAUGGUUUCAAGGGGGGACUUAUGUUUACGCACAUUUAUAAUUAUGUAGGUACAUUUAUAAUGAUAUCUGAAAAUACGGACCACUACGCCAAUGCGGCUACUAUUAAUAUAUAUAUGGUUCAUUUUUUACUACCUCCGCUCCCGUCUCAACCAAGACGGUACGGAGGGUCGAAGUUCACCAAAGGCAGAUUCCAGAUUCCCAUUCGAGUCAAAACAUUCAGAGAAGCAACACACAUAUAG